UAUGGCAGGAACCAGCCUCGGAGCCCGGUUCUACCGGCAGAUCAGAAGACAUCCGGCGCUCAUCCCGAUGAUCAGCUUCAUAGGCCUGGGCAUGGGCAGCGCUGCGCUCUACCUGCUGCGACUGGCCCUGCACAGCCCAGACGUCUGCUGGGACCGAAAGAAUAACCCGGAGCCCUGGAACCGCUUGAAUCCCAAUGACCAAUACAAGUUCCUGGCAGUUUCCACUGACUAUAAGAAGCUGAAGAAGGACCGGCCAGACUUCUAACCCAGGCUGGGCUGCGAGUCCGAUGUAAACCACGGUCAACCAACCCACUCAUUUCUUCCACUUCCUGCCCCCAGACCCCAAGGCGACAGUCUGGCCACCCGGUCCAGCUUCUGCCUGCACAGGCCCGGUUCCCACGCAGAGGGGAGGCAGCCCCACCCCCACCCUUUUCCCUUGCUCCCAGGAGCGGAAGCGCCUCUGACCCUCGGCUUGAGUUCCAUGUGGGGGAGGGGCAGUCAGGAGGGCAGGCAGCAGCAGGGGUCGACCCAAAGGCCUAAGCCAGCCCCUCUGCCCUCCUACCCGGGACUCGCAGGGUGUGGCACAGGCUACGUGUUGAGCGUGGCCGAUGUGAGCCAAGCAAGCAGGGCCUGAGUGCCAAGCGACGUGGCGGGCCCCACGUUAGCCCAGGCUCGGGCACAGGGCCCAAGGAUGGCGCUACUCGGCUUGACUGUCGCUGCUACGCCCAGUCUGCCUAGGCACCUACAGCUCCUGCUCCUCCCUUGCCCGAGCCUGCUGCCUCCCAAGCCUUUGGCACCCCCUCCGGCUUCACACCUGGGCCGCCCCCUGCCGCUCCCCAUCCCUCCCCUCUCUUGCUCCCCUCUGUCCCCUGGGAUCAAACAGAAGCAGC